ACAUACUGAAUCUUAAUAUUAAACACCCUUUAACCUUUCCUCUUUUGUUUAGAAGAAAAACAUGGAAGCCUCUUCAUUGAACAUCAAAAUUCAUAACCAUGCUCGUUCUAAUAGUUUGCCUUCUAAGCCACACCCUAUUAUUCUUCAAUGCGAUGAAUACUUAGCCAUAUUAGGGGGAGGUGGUGCUUCUUCUGAUUCCACCACUACCUCCUCUGCUUCAUUGCUCACCCAAAAACUAAGUAUCCUUCUUGAUUUGCACAAUUGUGUCCAAAAUUUGGUUCAACUACCUCUAACACAAGAAGCAUUAGUCCACCAACGCCGCGAAAAAUGGGUGGAAGAACUCUUGGAAGGUUCCUUGAUGCUUCUAGAUGCAUGCACAACAACAAAAGAUGCUCUACUUCACACAAAAGAGUGCAGCCGCGAGCUUCAAUCGAUCAUCCGGCGAAGAAGGCAAGGCCAAGUUGAGCUAACAAUAGAGGUUAAGAAAUUCUUGACAUCAAGAAAAGUGGUGAGAAAAUCAAUCUUCAAAGCCUUGGAAAAUUUAAAGGGUCAUAAUGCAAAUAAAUGCAACCCUUCUAUGAUCAACAAAGAAUAUCAAACAGUUAACUUGUUGAAAGAAAUUCAAGUUACUAGUUUUGCCAUAUUCGAGUCCCUUUUGAACUUUAUUUCUGGAUCUACACAAUCGAAACGUGGCGGUUGGCCGUUGGUUUUGAAGCUGAUGAACAAGAAAAGGAUGCUAUCCAACACAGAGGAGAAUAAUGAAUUUGCAAAAGUAGAUGAUGCAUUGCAGUUCUUUGCAUUCAACAUGGGAAACAUCGAUGACUUGCAGAACAAGUUACUAAGAUUGGGGUCAUGCAUUCAAGAUCUUGAAGAAGGACUUGAGUCAUUGUUUAGGCGCUUAAUCAAAAUCAGAGUUGCCCUUCUCAACAUUCUUAAUCACUAGUUGUUGAUCCAACUUAACGGCUUUUGAAUUUUGUAAUAUAUUAAUUAAUUAGCAGCUUGUAUACAAUUAUUGCAGAUAAUGUAUUAACCCUUAUUUUUAUGAU